UAAAAGUGAAGUGGAGGAAAGGGAAGAGAUGAUUUCUCCGUCCUGGACGUGCAGCGAGCUUGUCAGGAAGAUCGGAGGUGCCAAGUAGCAGAGAAAGCAUCCCCCAGCUCUGACGGGGAGACAGCCCAUGUCUAAGGCCCACAAGCCUUGGCCCUACCGGAGGAGAAAUCAAUUUUCUUCUCGACGCUACCUGAAAAAAGAAAUGAAUUUCCUCCAGCAACAGCCACCGCCGUUCGGCACAGUGCAGCCACAAAUGAUGUUUCCUCCAAACUGGCAGGGGGCGGAGAAGGACGCUGCUUUCCUCGCCAAGGACUUCAACUUUCUCACUUUGAACAAUCAGCCACCACCAGGAAACAGGAGCCAGCCAAGGGCAAAGGGACCUGAGAACAACCUGUACAGCCAGUACGAGCAGAAGGUGCGCCCCUGCAUUGACCUCAUCGACUCCCUGCGGGCUCUGGGUGUGGAGCAGGACCUGGCCCUGCCGGCCAUCGCUGUCAUCGGGGACCAGAGCUCGGGCAAGAGCUCCGUGCUGGAGGCACUGUCAGGAGUCGCCCUUCCCAGAGGCAGUGGAAUCGUAACCAGGUGUCCGCUGGUGCUGAAACUGAAAAAGCAGCCCGGUGAGGCGUGGGCCGGAAGGAUCAGCUACCGGACCACCGAGCUGGAGCUGCAGGACCCUGGCCAGGUGGAGAAGGAGAUACACAAAGCCCAGAACGUCAUGGCCGGGAAUGGCGUGGGCAUCAGCCAUGAGCUCAUCAGCCUGGAGAUCACCUCCCCUGAGGUUCCAGACCUGACCAUCAUUGACCUUCCCGGCAUCACCAGGGUGGCUGUGGGCAACCAGCCCCGGGACAUCGGACUGCAGAUCAAGGCUCUCAUCAAGAAGUACAUCCAGAGGCAGCAGACGAUCAACUUGGUGGUGGUUCCCUGUAACGUGGACAUUGCCACCACGGAGGCGCUGAGCAUGGCCCACGAGGUGGACCCAGAAGGGGACAGGACCAUCGGGAUCCUGACCAAACCAGAUCUAAUGGACAAGGGCACUGAGAAAAGUGUCAUGAAUGUGGUGCAGAACCUCACGUACCCCCUCAAGAAGGGCUACAUGAUGGUGAAGUGCCGGGGCCAGCAGGAGAUCACCAACAGGCUGAGCUUGGCAGAGGCAACCAAGAAAGAAAUUAUAUUCUUUCAAACACAUCCAUAUUUCAGAGUUCUCCUGGAGGAGGGGUCAGCCACGGUUCCCCGACUGGCAGAAAGACUUACCACUGAACUCAUCAUGCACAUCCAAAAAUCGCUCCCGUUGUUAGAAGAACAAAUAAGGGAGAGCCACCAGAAGGCGACCGAGGAGCUGCGGCGUUGCGGGGCUGACAUCCCCAGCCAGGAGGCUGACAAGAUGUUCUUUCUGAUUGAGAAAAUCAAGAUGUUUAAUCAGGACAUCGAAAAGUUAGUAGAAGGAGAAGAAGUUGUAAGGGAGAAUGAGACCCGUUUAUACAACAAAAUCAGAGAGGAUUUUAAAAACUGGGUAGGCAUACUUGCAACUAAUACCCAAAAAGUUAAAAAUAUUAUCCACGAAGAAGUUGAAAAAUAUGAAAAGCAGUAUCGAGGCAAGGAGCUUCCGGGAUUUGUCAACUACAAGACAUUUGAGACCAUCGUGCAUCAGUACAUCCAGCAGCUGGUGGAGCCCGCCCUUAGCAUGCUCCAGAAAGCCAUGGAAAUUAUCCGGCAAGCUUUCAUUAACAUGGCCAAAAAACAUUUUGGUGAAUUUUUCAACCUUAACCAAACUGUUCAGAGCAAGAUUGAAGACAUAAAAGUGAAAUACAUAGAAAAGGCAGAAAACAUGAUCCAACUUCAGUUCAGAAUGGAGCAGAUGGUUUUUUGUCAAGAUCAGAUUUACAGUGUUGUUCUGAAGAAAGUCCGAGAAGAGAUUUUUAACCCUCUGGGGAAGCCUUUACAGAAUAUGAAGUUGAACUCUCAUCUUCCCAGUAAUGAGUCUUCAGUUUCCUCCUUUACUGAAAUAGGCAUCCACCUGAAUGCCUACUUCUCGGAGACCAGCAAACGUCUCGCCAACCAGAUCCCAUUUAUAAUUCAGUAUUUUAUGCUCCGAGAGAAUGGUGACUGCUUGCAGAAAGCCAUGAUGCAGAUACUACAGGAAAAAAGUCGCUAUUCCUGGCUGCUUCAAGAGCAGAGUGAGACUGCCACCAAGAGAAGAAUCCUUAAGGAGAGAAUUUACCGGCUCACUCAGGCGCGGCACGCACUCUGUCAAUUCUCCAGCAAAGAGAUCCACUGAAGGGCGGCGAUGCCUGUGGUCGUUUUCUUGUGCGUCUCAAUCGUUCUAAGGGGAGUCGGUGCAGGAUGCCGCUUCUGCUUUGGGGCCAGACUCUUCUGUCACUAUCUGUGUCCAUCUCUACUGUACUCCCUCAGCAUCAGAGCAUGCAUCAGGGGUCCACACAGGCUCAGCUCUCUCCACCACCCAGCUCUUCCCUGACCUUCACGAAGGGAUGGCUCUCCAGUCCUUGGGUCCUGUAGCACACAGUUACAGUGUCCUAAGAUACUGCUACCAUUCUUUGCUAAUUUGUAUUUGUAUUCCCUUCCCCCUACAAGAUUAUGAGACCCCAGAGGGGGAAGGUCCAGGUCAAAUUCUUCUUUUGUAUGUCCAGUCUCUUGCACAGCACCUGCAGCAUUGUAACUGCUUAAUAAAUGACAUCUCACUGAACGAAUGAGUGCUGUGGAAGUGAUGGAGAUACCUGAGGCUAUCGCGCAAGCCCAGGCCUUGGGCAUUUAGUGACCAUUAGCUGGUCCCUUUCAGAUCCAGUGGCCAUGCCCCCUGCUUCCUAUGGUUCACUGUCAUUGUGUUUCCCAGCCUCUCCACUCCCCACCAAGAAAGGAGCCUGAGUGAUUCUCUUUUCUUCUUGUUUCCCUGAUUAUCAUGAGCUUCCAUUGUUCUGUUAAGCCUUGAAGAGGAAUUUAAUAAAGCAAAGAAACUUUUUAAAAAUGUA